CUAGGGGCGGGAGAGACUAUAUAAGGGUCACGCCAGCGUUGUGACGCAGUUAGUUUCGCUUGACUCCUGGUGUCCGGUCGUUUGUCUGUCUAGAGCGCCGUCCUUGCGAAAAUGCAGAUCUUUGUGAAAACCCUGACGGGCAAAACCAUCACCCUAGAGGUAGAGCCCAGUGACACCAUUGAGAAUGUCAAGGCCAAAAUCCAAGACAAAGAAGGCAUUCCUCCAGACCAGCAGAGGCUGAUCUUUGCUGGAAAGCAGCUGGAAGAUGGGCGCACCCUGUCCGACUACAACAUCCAGAAAGAAUCCACUCUGCACUUGGUCCUGCGCCUCAGAGGUGGUAUGCAGAUCUUUGUGAAAACCCUGACGGGCAAAACCAUCACCCUAGAGGUAGAGCCCAGUGACACCAUUGAGAAUGUCAAGGCCAAAAUCCAAGACAAAGAAGGCAUUCCUCCAGACCAGCAGAGGCUGAUCUUUGCUGGAAAGCAGCUGGAAGAUGGGCGCACCCUGUCCGACUACAACAUCCAGAAAGAAUCCACUCUGCACUUGGUCCUGCGCCUCAGAGGUGGUAUGCAGAUCUUUGUGAAAACCCUGACGGGCAAAACCAUCACCCUAGAGGUAGAGCCCAGUGACACCAUUGAGAACGUCAAGGCCAAAAUCCAAGACAAAGAAGGCAUUCCUCCAGAUCAGCAGAGGCUGAUCUUUGCUGGAAAGCAGCUGGAAGACGGGCGCACCCUGUCAGACUACAACAUCCAGAAAGAAUCCACUCUGCACUUGGUCCUGCGCCUCAGAGGUGGUAUGCAGAUCUUUGUGAAAACCCUGACGGGCAAAACCAUCACCCUAGAGGUAGAGCCCAGUGACACCAUUGAGAAUGUCAAGGCCAAAAUCCAAGACAAAGAAGGCAUUCCUCCAGAUCAGCAGAGGCUGAUCUUUGCUGGAAAGCAGCUGGAAGAUGGGCGCACCCUGUCCGACUACAACAUCCAGAAAGAAUCCACCCUGCACUUGGUCCUGCGUUUAAGGGGCGGUAUCUGAACGUGCUCCGACUAGCAUCUGAAUAAAAAUUUCACUGCACCUUGUUCCAAUAAAGCUGUUGCAUUCACAA